UUCUAAUAUAAAAUAAGUAUGAACUUUUUUAUGCAAAAGGACCCUAUCCAGGAGCACAUUGACUCAAUUCUAAGUCAAUGUGAUUAUGGUGUUCAAAGAGCAAACGUAGCAACCCAAUGUAAAAACUUUUUACAACAGUAUCCUCAAUUCGAGAUGACUGCUAAUCAAUUUACUUAUGCUGGUAUGUCAGGAGGUACUCCGCUUGUAUAUUUGAAGGGUGCUAUGAUUCUAACAAUUGAUAACACUCAGCAUGAAGUGCCAAUGCAUUUUGUGCUUCCUUCAGGUUUUCCCAGUAUUGCUCCAAAAGCAUUCCUUACUAACCAAGUUGAUGAAGAAAUUAUAAAAGAUAAUCCUUAUGUACUGAAAAACAUGGAGAUUUUAAAUCAGUAUAUGAAUAAUUGGAAGAGUAACCACCCUAGUUAUACGUUAAAUAUCACUUACUACUACAUCUACCAGUCAUUCAUGCUCUGUCCGCCUCUGAAUUCAUCAAUUACACAUGCCAAUAGCAAUCUUGAAGAGGAAAAGAAGGUUGAGGAGCCUCCUAGGCAACACCAAGCCAAUGGAGGUGAUGGAGAAGAAGGAGACAAAGAGUUCAAAAAGAUCCUUCUUCUGUCUAAAAUCCAAGAGAAGAUUGACAAAAUGAGCAAAUUAGUUAAGAAAUUCUCUGUUAUUAGCGUCACACUUAGCCAAAAUGCCGACAUAAUAGCUGCUGCUAGUGAUAAGGUGUGUACCAAAAAUGCUCUCCUCGAAUCAUGGAUCAAUAUUGAUCUUGAUGAGCUCUCUCAGUUCAUUGAAAAUAAUCAAGGGAAGGAUAUAAACGAUAUUGAUGAAAUUGUGAAACCAGAAGACGAUGUCUCCAAAAGUAUGCUCGAACUUCUUGCUGAUGAGACAGCCUGAGAAGAAGCAAUGGAAGUUGUUAGAUCAAAAUUUAGGAAAAAGAAAAUAACAAUUGAUGAGUACCUCGAAUCAGUCAGGACACUAGCUAAUCACCAGUUUAUGAGCAUGUCUAAGAGGAGGAAAAUAAUGAGCACGGUCUCUGCACUGAAGAGAUAAUCCAAAAUGGUUUACAAAAAUAACAGAUUCCUUCUUUAUGUGAUGC